AGGUGGUGGCCAGGCAGCCAACAGCCAACAGCCAAGGCUCAUCCACCGGUGUCAUGGCUUCCUAACAGUCGUGGGGGACUGAAUGAGAGCAAAAACAAGCCCGCUUGUCUCCAAGGCCCCGACGCGGUAGAACCCUUUUCCCACUGAACCGAGGAGGGGGGGCCUCGCUCGCCAGGAUAGAUUGUUUUUUCAUUAUUUGUCGAAAUCUGAGCGUUCAACUCCCCCCGACGUUUGAAGGCAGCACCGCGGUGGUGGAAGAUGGCCGACCCGGCGGAGUGCACCAUCAAAGUGAUGUGCCGUUUUAGGCCUCUCAACAGCUCCGAGGUGACCAGAGGAGACCGAUACAUUCCCAAAUUCCAAGGGGAAGACACCGUUAUCAUCUCGAACAAACCGUACAUGUUUGACCGAGUCUUUCAGUCCAGCACAACACAGGAGCAAGUGUACAAUGCCUGUGCCCAAAAAAUCGUCAAAGAUGUUCUUGAAGGAUACAACGGGACAAUUUUUGCAUACGGCCAGACGUCCUCUGGGAAAACACACACCAUGGAGGGGAAUCUCCACGACACAGACUCCAUGGGCAUUAUCCCCAGGAUAGUGCAGGACAUCUUCAACUACAUCUACUCCAUGGACGAGAACCUGGAGUUUCAUAUCAAAGUUUCCUAUUUUGAAAUUUACUUAGACAAGAUCCGGGACCUGUUGGAUGUGUCAAAGACCAAUCUUUCAGUGCACGAAGACAAAAACAGAGUACCCUACGUGAAGGGCUGCACCGAGCGCUUUGUCUGCAGUCCAGAUGAGGUCAUGGACACCAUCGACGAAGGAAAAUCCAACAGACACGUAGCAGUCACAAACAUGAACGAGCACAGCUCCAGGAGUCAUAGCAUCUUCCUGAUCAACGUCAAGCAGGAGAACACCCAAACGGAGCAGAAGUUGAGUGGGAAACUGUACCUGGUGGAUCUGGCUGGUAGUGAAAAGGUCAGCAAAACGGGAGCAGAGGGAGCCGUAUUGGACGAAGCCAAGAACAUCAAUAAGUCGCUGUCGUCCCUCGGGAACGUCAUCUCCGCUCUGGCUGAAGGAACAGCCUACAUCCCAUACCGAGACAGCAAGAUGACUCGUAUCCUUCAGGACUCGCUGGGCGGCAACUGUCGCACCACCAUAGUCAUCUGCUGCUCGCCCUCCUCCUACAACGAGGCCGAAACCAAAUCAACCCUCAUGUUCGGACAAAGAGCAAAGACCAUCAAGAACACAGUGACGGUCAACGUUGAGCUGACGGCGGAACAGUGGAAGCAGAAGUACGAGAGGGAGAAGGAAAAGAAUAAGACCCUGAGGAACACCGUCACCUGGUUGGAGAAUGAGCUCAAUCGCUGGAGGAAUGGCGAGAGUGUGCCGGUGGAGGAGCAGUUUGACAAGGAGAAGGCCAACGCCGAGGUGUUGGCACUGGACAACAUCCUCAAUGACAAGCCGGCGUCCACACCCAACGUGCCCGGCGUGCGCCUCACCGACGUGGAAAAGGACAAGUGUGAGGCCGAGCUGUCCAAGCUGUACAAGCAGCUGGAUGACAAGGAUGAAGAGAUCAACCAGCAGAGCCAGCUGGCCGAGAAGCUGAAGCACCAGAUGUUGGACCAGGAGGAGCUGCUGGUAUCGUCACGUCGCGACCACGAGAACCUCCAGGCCGAGCUCAACCGCCUGCAGGCGGAGAACGAGGCCUCCAAGGAGGAGGUGAAAGAGGUACUGCAGGCUCUGGAGGAGUUGGCGGUCAACUAUGACCAGAAGAGCCAGGAGGUGGAGGACAAGACCAAGGAGUUUGAGGUCAUCAGCGAGGAGCUGAGCCAGAAAUCGUCUAUGCUGUCAUCUGUGGACUCUGAGCUCCAGAAGCUGAAGGAGAUGUCCAACCACCAGAAAAAGAGGGUUACAGAGAUGAUGUCGUCACUUCUCAAAGACCUGGCAGAGAUUGGCAUUGCCGUGGGCAGCAACGACAUGAAGCAGCAUGAGGGUGGCAGCGGUCUGAUCGACGAGGAUUUCACGGUAGCGCGUCUGUACAUCAGCAAGAUGAAGUCAGAGGUGAAGAGCAUGGUGAAGCGCUGCAAACAGCUGGAGGGCACCCAGUCAGAAAGCAACCAGAAGAUCGACGAGAACGAGAAGGAACUGGCCGCCUGCCAGCUGCGCAUCUCGCAGCACGAGGCCAAGAUCAAGUCCUUGACGGAGUACCUGCAGAACGUGGAGCACAAGAAGAGGCAGCUGGAGGAGAAUGUGGACUCUCUCAACGAGGAGCUGGUCAAACUCAGUGCUCAGGAGAAAGUCCACGCCAUGGAGAAGGAGAACGAGAUCCAGACCGCCAACGAAGUCAAGGAAGCCGUCGAGAAGCAGAUCCACUCUCAUCGCGAGGCUCACCAGAAACAGAUUAGCAGCCUGAGGGACGAGCUGGACAACAAGGAGAAGCUCAUUACUGAGCUGCAGGACUUGAACCAGAAGAUCAUGCUGGAACAGGAGAGGCUGCGAGUAGAGCAUGAGAAACUCAAGUCCACCGACCAGGACAAGAGCCGCAAGCUGCACGAGCUCACGGUGAUGCAGGACAGGCGGGAGCAGGCCAGGCAGGACCUGAAGGGUCUGGAGGAGACAGUGGCAAAAGAACUGCAGACUCUGCACAACCUGAGGAAGCUCUUUGUCCAGGAUUUGGCCACACGAGUGAAAAAGAGUGCAGAGAUGGACUCUGAUGACACUGGGGGCAGCGCGGCCCAGAAACAGAAAAUAUCCUUUCUUGAAAACAAUCUUGAGCAGCUCACCAAGGUUCACAAACAGCUGGUACGUGACAAUGCAGACCUUCGGUGUGAGCUUCCGAAACUGGAGAAGCGCCUUCGUGCUACGGCUGAACGGGUCAAGGCCCUUGAGUCUGCACUGAAGGAAGCUAAGGAGAACGCCGCCCGCGACCGCAAGCGCUACCAGCAGGAGGUGGACCGUAUCAAGGAAGCCGUAAGGGCCAAGAACAUGGCCAGGCGGGGACACUCGGCGCAGAUAGCUAAGCCCAUCCGACCUGGGCAGCAGCCGGUGGCGUCCCCCACCCACCCCAACAUCAAUCGCAGCACGGGAGGUUUCUACCAGAACAGCCAGACUGUGUCCAUCAGGGGUGGUGGUUCCGCCAAGACUGACAAGAAUUGAAGCGAGCAGGAAAAACAAAGGAUGGCACCACAGAAGAAGAAGCUGAUAUCAUUCAACAUCCCCCCCCUCUCCUCUACUACCAUUAACGCCCCCUCUUGGCUCUGUCAUUCCAUUACAGCUUCACAGCCGCCCAGGAGUGAGUGAGCAGACUAUAAAUAUAUAUAAAUAUAAA